GUAGUCCCAUCAGCUCCAGCAGUAGCAGGACUGAUGAAGAAGUCCACUGCUUCUUGGUCUGUGUGCUUCCUUGGUGCUCUUUUGCUGCUCUCCACCAUGUGCGAAGCAUUACGACCGAGUCCAGAUGCUACAGCCGGCACCAAGGACAGUGGCAACAGAAGGAAAGAAGAUGAUGAUCUGAUGUCCAAGGAAAGUACUGGAGGUUCGAGUUUGCCUGACUGCUCGCACGCCUGCGGGCCAUGCUCUCCCUGCAAGAGGGUGAUGGUGAGCUUCAAGUGCACGGUCGCCGAGUCCUGCCCCAUCGUCUACAGAUGCAUGUGCAAGGGGAAAUAUUAUCAUGUUCCUUCCAACUGAGACAGCACCCUCUCCGUGGCAACGCCAAGAAGAUUUAUGUAGUUUAGAGACGCUUCUGAGAGAUCCUGCGAGUUUGGAGGGUGAGAAAGAGAGGAGCUGAAGAAAGGUGAGAAGUUGCACCAGGUUUUGUAAAUGACGAGCAUGAGAAAUUGACAGUUCUGCAGUGAUGUGGUUUGUAAUUUAUUGCUUUUGAGGUUUUGAGAUAUAGAAGUAGAGUCGUCUGCGCUAAUUCAGCAAAGUUAGCUUCUUCUUGCUGUCAUCUCUGAGUCCAUGAAACUAUCAACUCAAGCUGUCAUCUCAUUUAUAAACAAAGAAAGGAAGAACUC